AUGAUUCGACUGCACCACCUAUUCACCGCCAUGGGGUCACUCAGCUCAUCACGGCCCAUCAUGGCCCAUCACGGCCGCCUCAACCACCCACAAUAUAAAUAUCAACCUACCACCCGCCUACAGGAGUCCGCACACACGAGGCGAAGAGAAGCCUUGAAUCUCAUAAGAAUUGCCUCGAGAGCUUUCUAUCGCAACUACGACACCCUUACCGCGACAAUCCUGCACCACACCAACAUGCCCGGCAAAGCGUGGAGCAAAGAGGAAGAGCGCGUCUUCUGGCGUUCCAUCGUCCCUAUUUCGGCGAAAGGGAUUUGCGCUGGCUCGGCCAGAUCUUGGGAAGAGUUGGCCGUCAUCAUGCAGCGGGAGAUGGGCCCCAAUGCCAAGCGCCAAUACACCCAGCUCAGUCUUGUGGAGCAUUAUUUCCAGAAUCACGACAAGGAGCAUUUCUCGCCCUUUGCGGCUCCGUACGUACGUGAGAUGAAGAGUGCCAUGGCCGCGCUUAAGAAGAGUCAGUUGCAGGGUGAGGCGUCUGUUCCUUCCCAGGAUGCCCAGGCUCAGGACAGCUUCGACAAGCAUACCGGCGAGUCCACUGAUGAGGAGAACGAAACCAGCUUCUCUGAGGGAACUGACCACAACGACGGAGAUUACGUUGAUGAUGGAGGUGACGAAGACGGCGAGGGAGACGAUGACGAUGUUGUCGAUGUUGACAACGAUCUUCGCGCCUUUGCUCGGGACCAGCAGAUCGAGACUGCCGCUCGCGCUGUUAACCGUGCUGCGGGUCGACGACCUACUUUCUCAGCCCCUGUGGCUGAUAUGAGCCCUCGUGGCCCCGGCUUGGUGUCCCAGCGCAACAUGUCGCAGGAGCACUUGUCGCUGCCCCCUCGCCCUCCCAAGGCUGUCACGCGGAACCGCGACUUCCGUGCUCACCCGUACGACAGUCCCAGGGUCUCUCAGCGUGGCCGGCAGCCGCCCCAGGAACGCGCUCGAAUGGCAACCCCCCUCGAGACCAAUACCUACUAUGACCAAGGCCAUAGAACCCAGGCAUACUACGGACAGCAGCUCAGCCGUCAGUCUUUCUACCAUCAGGGUCCCAGAAUGCAGGGCCACUACGGACAGGAUUCUGGUAGCCACGGCUACUAUGAUCAGGGCCCCAGAGCUCAAACUUACGGUCAGAACUCUGGCAACCAGGGCCACUAUAACCAGGCGCGCGACUACUACGGCCAGACCACCAUCCCCCAGGGAUUCGACAAUGGCCCCAACUCUGAGACCUACUGGGAUCAGACCGCCAAAAACCGCGAAUACUACGAGCGGGAGUACGCCGCUCAAAGUCAACAGUAUAUCAACCAGUGCCAUGGUCGAAGUGACGACAGCCAGGGCUAUCAGGGUCAGACUUCCAGCAGCCGUGGUUACGAUCAGAACCGCAGCGUCGAUGGUUCCGGACAAAACCACGAGAACCGGGGCUACGAUCGUGACUACGACCAGAGCCAGGCCACUCAGGGCUAUCACGACCAGAACCGUAGCGUUCAGGGCUCCUUCCAUGACCACGAGAACCUCGGCUACGAGGAGAACCAUGCCAACCACGGCUACUACAACCAGGACCGCAGCAUCCAGAGCUCCGACCAGAACCGUGGCUACGAUCAGAACUACGCCAACCAGAGCUACGAUCAGAGCCGCAACCAGCAUGCCCCCGGUAGCCAGGGAUACCACGCGAAUGCUGCGUACAACACUGGUCAGCACCAGAAUGCUCACUCCACGAGCUACAACGGUCACCAGCCUGCCGUGGGAUCCCACCAAUACGGCCAGGAACUCCAGUACCCCCAGUCGCAGCAGUCGAGCAUGGGCUACUCUGACGAGCAUGUUGGAAAUCGAGCCAGCUCGGCGCGCGUUGAGCCUCAUGUCAUGCCUCGCUACUCAGAUCAUCAAGUCUCGAUGUCCUCUGGCCGCAGCUCAGUUGCGAUGACGCCCAGCCACGACACCUCCGCGCAGCACAGUGCCGCGCCGUCUCCCGGCUACGUUGGCUAUCCCUCGACCAUUCCGAACUACAUCCAGCGCCCCUCGACUGCCAGCUCUGGUCGCCAGCAGCGCUCUCGCCGUCCUUCUGCUCAUCAGCAGGUCAGCGAGGAUCAUCAUCGCCAGGGAGCUCAAAGCAACAGUCGCGAGGAACCUCAGAAUGAGCAGUUGCAGCAUCCCUCUUCUUCUGCCCCUGUUCGUCAGCCUGCCAACGAGGAUCAGCACCGUCAGGGAGCCUACCAGGAGAAGGAAGCGUUCCGGGCUCCAUCUUUCUCUUCGGUCGCUCGUCAGCAUGCCACCGAGCACUACAGCCGCCAGGGAGCCUAUAUGGAUCGUCACGAGGAGCCCCAGAAUGAGCAGAUCCAGCGUCCCUCUGCCUCUUCUGCCCCUCCUCCUCAAAAUCCUACCGAGUACGCCCCCCAGAGCGGUUACAUGCACAACCAUGGACUGACCGAGGACGAGCGAUUCCCUCGUCCCUACGUCUCUCCCUACCCUCCUCGUCAGCAUCUCAGCGAGCACAGCAACGAUCAGGGCGGCGGCCCGAAGAAUGCCCAUGUGCCUCAGUACGAGCCAGAGAUGUUCCAGGCCUUUGAGGCCGCCUCCUCUCAGCGCAAGGAGUGA